CCUGUCACAUGUUGCCUACAGUAAGAUCAUAUGACCUCAGUCGAUGAAAAUGAAAGCUCAAUGCUGCUGGAUUGAACCUAUAGUGUUUAUUUUGAUAUUUAAAGCAUGUUUUAACGCAAGUAAUCAACUGACUAAACAACAGGUAUGUUGUCUCUGCGGUGGUACAGUCCUCAAUGGCACUAUGGUGGGUCAGUUUUGCUCUUCAUCCGCUGGACGGAUAGACGGUCGCUGCUGCAUAAAGAAUAACACUGACGAUCCUGAACAUAUAAUUGGGUUGGACCUAUCCAAUUGUUCACUAACUCAUGUGGACUAUAUCCAGGGAGCAGAUACAGCGUCAAUAAUAGACCUCUCACUCAAUCCUAUUGUCAACAUCAGUGACACAGCGUUUCAAGGAUUUCGUGACCUAAAUUACAUGAUCUUGCCACAGGAUAUGAAUUGUCCAGGAGGGAACGCUUCUUGGCAACAAAUAGAAGUCAAAUAUGGAAACCGCUAUUGUGAAGGUCAACUGAAUAUGUGCAACCAGACAGGACAGCUGUCCAUGAACUGUCCAGAAAACUCCCUCUGUGCACCCUACGGUCCUGGAUUCUAUGAGUGCAGCUGUGCUGAGAAGUACCACGGAUACAAGUGUCUUCGAGAGGGGGAGUUUCCAGCUCUCCAGGUGUUCGGGCCUCUUGCAGCAUCUACAGUUGUGAUUUCCUUCCUGCUGUGGGCCACCCAGAGACGUAAAGCCAAAUCCGUCUGAGGCUCAGCUGCAGCAGACUGCUUUUAAACUGACACUCCUGAAAGGGACAAUGCUGACACAGGCCAAGGUGAAGACAGGGUUCUUAAAUAUUUUAUGGAUGUUAUACACUUUAAGGAGCAGCUGAAUCUUAAAGGAAAUUUAGAAACUGACAUUUUCUUUUUAUUUUUAUCAGGGUAAUUUUAGGGGAAAAAAAGACUUAAUUUAUAAAAUGUCCUUUUUUUGUCACAACUGACACUUUUAACACUUUAUUACAUGCAGUCGACUGACA